UCUCGCCCACCGCCCAGGAUCUACAAGCUACGUGCCCACGAGCUCUGCCAGCCCGUUAGAGGUUACUGUUCAGUGCAUGAAAGUUUGUGCCUUCAAAAAAUUCAGUGCCCAUUUGGACUUUCACAAGAAGGAUGGCAGCACAGGCAUCAACAUCAAAAGCUUCUGAGUCUUGGUAUUCUCACCCGGCGUAUGCAAGAUACUGGCAACAUUAUCAUCAAGCAAUGGCUUGGAUGCGAAACCACCAGAAGGCCUACAGAAAGGCCAUGCAAUACUAUUUCAGUUUCCCAUGGCAUCUCCCUUCUGCAGUUUCUUCCCAAAGUUCUUGUGAUGAUGAGGCUAGAGAUCCUCAGUCUUUCGGUGACCAUCACUUAGCCCAGCAGGACCACCACUGGGGUUCACAUUUCAGAAGGUCUAGGAAGCAGCGACACGUUAACAGGAGGUUCCAGGUACCUGCAAGAGAAGACCAAACUUCCUCCGAAGAUGAGGAGGUAGAGACUGAGUCAGACGGGGGCAUAGAAUGUGACCUGAGCAACAUGGUAAUCACAGAGGAGCUCCGCCAGUACUUUGCAGAGACCGAGAGGCACAGAGAAGAGCGACGGCGGCAGCAGCAGCUGGACGCACAGCGCCUGAAUGACUAUGUGAAUGCUGACCAUGACCUGCGCUACAACCCCCACAGGUCAGUCAAACCCCCGACCGAGAGGCCGGGCGAGCGACGCAAAGCUGAGAUGAAGCGCUUGUAUGGGGACAGCGCUGCCAAGAUCCAGGCCAUGGAGGCUGCCGUGCAGCUGAGCUUUGACAAGCACUGUGACAGAAAGCAGCCCAAGUAUUGGCCUGUCAUUCCCCUGAAGUUCUGAGCCCUGGGCUCAGGGACCCCUGCGAGUCUGCACAGGGUCCCCAGACUCACCCCCUUCCUUUUGGGUACACUCCCUUCAUCUCUCCUUCCCUACAGUUGUCAGGGAAAAGGAACUUUAUGCUGAGAUACUACCAUGUUCACCAGAGUCCCAGUGGACACUCACAGGGUAGAGGUAAUACGCCAGUCACUUGGAAUUCAGCAGGACCUACCCUGUUGCCAGCGUGAGAAAUUUUCAGACAUAAGAUGAUAAUUUUGUAUCUCCUGCAUUGGUUUCUGAUGCUGAUAACUGUUCAGUUCAUUAAAGUUCUU